GAGAGCUACUAUUUGCAGAAGGAAAUUGAUAGCGGCGAUGAUGGAAGAUUGAAGUAAAAGCUAACCAAAAAAAUUGAUUUCAGCACCUUCAUUUCAGGAUUUUUAUGCUUAAGCCCCUUCUCCUACUACUAUAUAAAGGGCCAUCCAGGAGCUUCAAAACACACCAAUUGGGAGAGAAAUCUUCUUCCUCUUUUCUUUAGCUUUGUUCAUAGUAGUAGUCAUAUAAUAAAAGUGAUUCUGUCAAGAACACUUUCUGUAAAUUUCAGUUCGUAUUUCCAUUUCCAGAAUUUUAGUUCUUUAAUUUCAACAAUCAAGUUCAUUUGGGAAGUAUCAGUCAGAAUCAUUCUCAGCUUAAGGAUUUCACUUUCUCUAUUCCAUCUCAUUAUUUAUGCCAUCAGGUUCUUAUUCAAAUACGCAUUUUAUUUUCUUUAAUCUGUUAAAUUAAUUAUGCCUAUCAUUAGUUUUACUUUUAUUUCGUUUACUGUAAUUAUGUGUAACUAAAUUAAGUUUAGGUUUGGGCAAGAUGUAAUUUUUAUUGUUAAUGUUCAUACGAUAAUAAUUGGUUAAAACUAUUACUUGGUUAAUUUUAGGAGUGUUGGGUUGAAUAUUCUAAUUUGCUAAAUACAUUAUAUUGGGAAAUGAAUAUUAUCACGGGAGUGAAGUUUCAUUAAAAUACUUUUUAUUAAUUCACCCACUAAAUUGCUACACGGAAGUGUUAAGGAAUUUAGGAUAAUUUGAUUUUGUACUUUUUACUGUCUUAAUAAAAUUACUGCGGGAGCAGAAUUAAUUUAAGAUAGUGUAAUCAACUAAGUCGUGGGAACGAUUAGAAGAUUACCAUUUGUAAAUCUUUCACACAUCUAAAAGUAACUAAGUUAAUUAGUUAAAUCUUUAUUAUUAUGAACAUCAAAAUAAAAUUACUCUUAGCCCAAGCCUAAUUUUCUCUAUAUCAUUAAUUGUUAAAUUACCAAGUAUUGUGAUUUAUUUUACUCUCUAGCAAUUUCGCAUUAACAAAAACAAGUUAAAAAAAAAAUCUAUUCACUUAGCUCCAUUGCAAAAUGUUAUUAAUUUGUGAUUAGCUAAAAAUCAAUCGUUAAUUCUAGUUCUCUUUUUGAGCCAUUCUCUAGCGGAACGAUACUCACUUACUCUAUACUAUAUCGUUACAAGCCAAUUAAAACAUCAUUUCCAUUCACAUUUUUACACCAUUUCACACUACACAUUUUGGCAUGUCACGAUUUUGGCGCCGUUGCCGGGGAAUGGCAUAGUGUUAUUGAUUGAUAAUUAGUUAAUAUUAGUGUUUGUUAUUAUUUAUCUGGAGACUAAGUUUUUUUUUACCCGUUCUCAUCACUUUUACAAAAAAAAAAAAAACAUUUUUUGUGCACUAAUAAAAAAAAACUCUUAAAAAAGUGUAUGCAUACUCGCUCUCAAGGGAGUGAAGGAAUGCAACCACUUAACCUUGAUUUUGAAAAAGAAUUAAGGAAAAGAAGAAAAACACGAACCCUUGAACUUAAAAUUCCAGAUCUGAUCAUGGAGGAUUUUCAAAACAAUCCCAAUAAUCCAAAUGGCCAAAACCUAAUUCCAAAUACAAAUCCUACGCCACCUCAAAAUACACCCGUUGAUACUCCCAGAGAUAGAAAUAAUCCUUUCUUUGGAGAUCAAAGACCACCAGGAUUUGAAAAUUUCCAACAAAUUCCUCCCCAAACACAUCCCCAAAUUUAUCCACCACAUCCCUACCAAAAUCACCAAAACCAACCUCCUCCUCCAUAUCCAUACACUUACCCAUAUCCUUACCCACCUCCUCCAUUUAUGCACCCAUACCAACCUCACCCAUAUGGCCAAUACUACCAACACCCACAUAAUCAACAAGAUCAAGGGCAAUUCAUGAGACAACAACAAGGGAGAAGACUUCUUGAUUAUGUUGCAGGUGAAAUUGAGCAACAAGACAAUAUUCUCUAUCCAGGUGUGGAUGCAGCAAAUUUUGAGAUCAAACCAGCACUUAUCUCAUUGGUCUCAGCCAACAAAUUUGGCGGAUCAAAGAGUGAAGAUUCGACGAGCCAUGUGAAACAAUUCUUGAGAGUUCUCCAAACUCUUAAACUAAAUGGAGCCUCUGUUGAUGCUAUCAGACUCAGAUUGUUCACAUUCUCACUGAGGGAUGAAGCAUUGAGUUGGUUGAACUCUAAACCAUCCGGUUAUUUCAACACAUGGGAAAAGUUGCAUCGAGAAUUCAUGAAGGAGUUCUAUCAUCCUUCCAAGGCAUCAAAAAUGAAGAAACUUAUCCAGCAAUUCAGGCAACAUCCAUCAGAAUCUCUUUAUGAAUCAUGGAAGAGAUUUAAAGACCUUCAAGUUCAAUAUCCACAUCAUAAUAUGAGCAUGGGUGAUCUCAUUGUCUCAUUUUAUGAAGGAUUACAUGAUAAUUCCAAAAUUGUUGUGGAUGCCUCUGCUAAUGGAGCUUUCAUGGAGCUUGAUCCUGAAACAGGCAAAGAGAUGCUUGAGAAAAUUUGUAACAACAGUGCAUCAUGGUAUUCUGAAAGAUCCACUCAAAAACUAGGAGCGGGAAUUUAUGAGGUCGACCAAACAACAACUUUAACGGCAAAGGUUGAUUCUCUCAUAACCAUGGUUCAAAAGCUCACGGAGAAACAAUCAUCAUCAACUUCUAGCACAUCAACAAAUCCAUCAUCAUCUUUAGCUCAAGUUUUGUUCUGUGAACUCUGUGGAGGAGGACAUUCUUUUAAGGAAUGCAAUCUUCUUGAACUUACACAAAAUGUUCCUUCUGGCCCCACAGUAGAACAAGCUGAAGCUAUAUAUGGUAGACCCCAAGUACCAUAUCAAGGAAACUAUAACCCUCAAGGGAAGACACAUCCAGGAUUCUCAUGGAGCAACCCAUCAGGUGCAGCAAAUUCAUCUUUUCCAUCCAAACCAACACCUCCAGGAUUUCAAAAUCAACAAGGAUUCAGAGGAGGAAACCAAAACAACCAACAAUUGAGGGGAAAUCAAGGGUAUCAAAAUCCUCAAGGGUACCCACCGCAACAACAAUUUUCAUCACCUCCUCAACAACAACAACAAUUUGUUGGAGUUAAUGAUUUCCAACAGAUGAUGCAAGGUAUUACUAAUCAAUUUUCUCAACUCACCACUCAACUCAAUCAAAUUCAAGCUCACAACAAAAUGCUUGAGAGCCAGAUUGCUAGUUUUGCUUCACCAUCUACUAGCAAAGCUCAAGGCAAAUUGCCUGCCUACUCUGAACAUCCCAAGGAGAAUGUCAAUGCAAUCACUACAAGGAGUGGAAAACAACUUUCUGAUCCACCACUUGUAGUUGAAAAAGAAAAGAUAACUGAAAAAGAGACUUCACCACCAAAGGAGAGUAACGAAGAAGGUCUCAAUUUCCCAACACAAGAGGGCACGAAAAAGGUAGUUCAACCAUAUGUUCCACCUUUACCAUUUCCUUACAGAGCAAAGAAGAACACAAUUGAUGAGAGGAGGGAUAAAUUCCUUAAAUGGAUCGGACAGCUUAACACAACAAUUCCACUUCUUGAUGCCCUGAAACAUAUGCCUUCAUAUUCCAAAUUUCUGAAGGAAAUUCUGUCAAACAAAAAGAAGUUUGAAGAGAAAUCUACCGUAGCCAUGAGCGAGGGAUCUAGUGCUAUUAUUCAAAAGAAACUUCCAGAAAAAUUGAAGGAUCCAGGUAGCUUUACUAUUCCAUGCAUUAUUGGAGGGUUCAUGGUCAACAAAGCUUUGUGUGACCUUGGGGCUAGUGUUAGCCUUAUCCCUUAUUCUAUGAGCAAACGACUUAGUCUUGGUAUUCCCAAAGCUACUUCGAUGACCAUUCAGCUUGCUGACCGAUCUGUUAAGCACCCUGUUGGUAUUCUAGAAGACAUUCCUGUACAAGUUGGGAAAUAUUUCAUCCCUUGUGACUUUGUCGUCCUAGACAUGGAUGAAGAUGAGCGAGUACCUGUCAUAUUAGGAAGGCCUUUCUUGGCCACUGCUGGUGCCAUCAUUGAUGUUAAAAAAGGUACGUUAAUAAUUGAAGUGGGGGAUGAAAGGGUUGAGUUCAAUAUUUUCCAAAUGGCGAGAAAUCCUUCAUGUGUGGAAGAUUGUUGGAGGGUUGAUAUAGUUGAUGAAUGUGUGAGAGACUUCAUGGGAUUCUUUCACAAUGAUCCUAUGGAAUCUUAUGCUGUGGAGGAAAUUGAAAACAAUCAUGAGGGAGAAGAGUUAGUUGAGUGUGUAAAAAACAAAGAGAGCUGUGAAAAAAAUCAUGAGGGGGGGAAAGUGGAAAAACUGGAGAGAGAAGAAGUGAGGAAGACUAAUAGCACAAAAGAACCACCCAAAGUUGAGUUGAAGCCUUUACCAUCACACCUAAGAUAUGCUUAUCUUGGUGAAAACUCUACUUACCCAGUGAUUAUUAGCACUAAAUUGAAUGAGGAGGAAGUAGACAAGCUAUUGGUCCUAUUGAGAAAGCACAAACAGAUCAUUGGAUACUCCAUCGAUGAUCUAAUUGGCAUCAGUGCUAACUAUUGUAUGCACAGAAUUUAUCUUGAGGAAGGAUGCAAACCAGUUGUUGAACAUCAAAGGAGACUUAAUCCUAACAUGAAGGACGUUGUGAAGAAAGAAGUUAUCAAACUUCUUGAUGCUGGUAUCAUUUACCCUAUCUCGGAUAGUAGAUGGGUAAGUCCAAUCCAUGUUGUACCAAAGAAAGGAGGUUUCACAGUUGUUCCAAAUGAGCAUAAUGAGCUCAUUCCUACUCGCUUGGUCACGGGAUGGAGAAUGUGCAUCGAUUACAGGAAGCUUAACAAAGUCACAAAUAAGGAUCAUUAUCCUUUACCUUUCAUUGAUCAGUUACUUGAGAGGAUGGCAAACCAUAGCCAUUAUUGCUUUCUCGAUGGAUUCUCAGGAUAUUUUCAAAUCAUGAUCCAUCCAGAUGAUCAAGAAAAGACUACCUUCACGUGUGCCUAUGGUACAUUUGCUUUUCGAAGAAUGUCAUUUGGCUUAUGUAAUGCACCCGGAACUUUCCAACGGUGUAUGAUGGCUAUAUUCUCUGAUCUUAUUGAAGAAAUCAUGGAGGUAUUCAUGGAUGAUUUCUCUGUCUAUGGGACCUCAUUCGACUCGUGCUUGGAUAAUCUUGAUAAAGCAUUGACUCGUUGCCAAGAGGCAAAUCUUGUCCUAAACUGGGAGAAGUGCCAUUUCAUGGUAACAGAAGGAAUUGUUCUUGGGCAUAAGAUUUCAUCCAAAGGCAUUGAGGUAGAUCCAGCAAAGAUUGAAGUGAUCGAGAAGUUACCAUCGCCAACAUCUGUUAAAGGCAUCCGAAGCUUUUUAGGGCAUGCUGGAUUCUAUCGGCGAUUCAUCAAGGAUUUUGCUAAUAUUGCAAAACCACUCACAAGACUCCUAUCCAAAGAGGUUGAAUUUAUCUUUGAUGAUGCUUGUCUUAAUUCUUUUUGUAAAAUUAAGAAAGCAUUAUGUUCUGCACCUGUCAUUCAACCACCAGAUUGGAGCAUGCCUUUCAUCCUAAUGUGCGACGCCAGUGAUUAUGCUGUAGGAGCCAUGUUGGGACAAAAACAAGGUCGUUGCAUACAUGCAAUUUAUUAUUCAAGUCAUACUCUCGAUGAUGCUCAACAAAACUAUGCCACAACAGAAAAAGAGCUACUCGCAGUUGUCUUUGCCAUAGAGAAGUUCAGGUCAUAUCUUGUUGGAAGCAAAGUGAUAGUUUACACUGAUCACUCAGCUCUAAAGUACAUGUUUGCAAAGAAGGAGGCCAAGCCACGACUUAUUAGAUGGGUGUUGCUACUGCAAGAGUUUGACAUCGAGAUCCUUGACAAAAAGGGGUCUGAAAAUGUCAUCGCUGAUCACCUGUCCAGAAUUGAGUCACACACAGAAAAUAAAGUGAUCAAAGAAUUACCCAUUGAUGAUUCAUUCACGGGAGAAUAUUUGCUCUCUGUCAAGCACUUUUCUCCUUGGUAUGCUGAUUGGGUUAAUUACCUGGUCAGUGGUUAUAUUCCUUCUGAAUUCUCGUGGUCCCAAAAGAAAAAGUUCUUACAUGAUGCUCGCUCUUAUUUUUGGGAUGAACCAUUAUUGUUCAAGAGAUGUGCUGAUGGAAUUGUUCGAAGAUGCAUUCCAGAAGAUGAGUUUGAGGCUAUACUUUAUCAUUGUCAUUCAUCACCAUAUGGUGGUCAUUUCGGAUCCACAAGGACGUCAGCUAAAGUCCUACAGUCAGGUUUCUAUUGGCCUACAUUGUUCAAAGAUUCUCAAAUGUACGUGAAAAGAUGUGAUCGAUGCCAACGCACAAGAUCUAUUGGUCGCCGAAAUGAAAUGCCACAAUCCGGAAUACUUGAAGUUGAACUCUUUGAUGUAUGGGGAAUGGACUUUAUGGGACCAUUUCCUAGCUCAUGUGGCAAUUCUUACAUUCUUGUGGCUGUGGACUAUGUUUCAAAAUGGAUUGAAGCGAUUGCUAGUCCAACAAAUGAUUCCAAGGUUGUGAUCCGGUUUGUGAAGAAAUUUAUUUUCUCAAGGUUUGGAGUUCCGAGGGCCUUCAUCACAGAUAACGGUACACACUUCUGCAAUAAGCAACUUGAGAAACUUUUGCUCAAGUAUGGUGUUAAUCACAAAGUGUCUACUCCGUACCAUGCACAAACUAGUGGCCAAGUUGAACUCUCAAAUAGGGAAAUCAAAUCAGUCCUUGAGAAAGUAGUCAAUCCCACAAGGAAAGAUUGGUCCCUCCGACUUGAUGAUGCUUUAUGGGCCUAUCGUACUGCAUAUAAGACUCCUAUUGGCACAUCACCGUUCAAAUUGGUGUAUGGGAAGUCUUGUCACUUACCAGUGGAGAUUGAACACAAAGCAUAUUGGGCUAUCCAAAGCCUAAACCUUGACUCCACUCUGCGGGGCAAAAGAGGUUGUUACAACUAAAUGAACUUGAAGAAUUCAGACUUGAUGCCUUUGAGAAUGCCCGACUCUACAAGGAAAGAGCAAAGAAAUGGCACGAUGGGAGAAUCCUUAGGAGAGACUUUUCUCCUAGAGAUAGUGUGCUACUAUUCAACUCAAGGCUAAAACUCUUUCCAGGAAAGCUGAAAUCAAAAUGGUCUGGACCUUUCAAAGUUAUCAAAGCCUAUCCAUCCGGGGCAAUCAUUCUGGAGGGAAAUGAUGGGAGGCAAUUUACUGUCAAUGGCCAAAGAGUUAAGCAAUAUCAUGAAGGAGAUGACACAAAGGAGAAACUCACUGUUGAUCUGGACAAUCCUCCUUACGAGUAAAACACUCAGGUAAUGUCGGGCACACGACGUUAAAAAUAGCGCUUCUUGGGAGGCAACCCAAGUUUAUUUCCUUGCAUUUGUAUGUGUGUUUUGUUUGUGUGUUUGCAUUGCAUGAUUUUUUUCCCCACCCAUGUACUCACCCGCCCUGAAUAUAUUUGUCACAUCGAGGACGAUGUUUCAUCCUAAGUGUGGGGGAGAAUACGCAUGUUUGUUUGUUUGUUUGUGAAUUGCCUUAUCAUCUGUUUAACUUUCAAAUCAUGCAUUCUAUUCUUUCACAUGGUAUGUGGAUUGUUGGCAGGACUAGUCUCUUAAUAAUUGGAUUGAGAAUCAUAAUUUUGAGCGUUGAGUAAAAUUUUGGUCAAAUUUUAAACUUUGUACAGACACAAUACAUCUCAUGCACGCAAAUGGUUAUCUAGUGAAAUUGUUGUUCAACAUGUUUAAGAUUGUGCAAAACAAGAGUGCUCUGUGCUUUUAUUUUCCUUGACAUGAUUUUCUGACUUAGCACAUUAGGAAAUGAUAUAGGCCAUUUUUCAUAAACCCCAUAUACCUAGCCUUACCCAUGUGAUAAAUAUCCCUUGUUCACCCCUUUGAGCCAUAUUUUUUUUAAUAAGCGUUAUACGCUUAACCCUAUUUUUGUUAUUUUCUUUCAUGAAAACCUGUUAUAUGUGACCCUUAGCCUAAAAGCCAAUCACUGUCCAUCCACCCUAAAAUGAACUUGCAUAAAAUUUUAAUGAGUUUAGAGAGUGUCAUUCACCUUAAGGGAGCUUCAUUUACACUUUUGUUAUUACUUAGUUGUUAAUAUUCAUUUAUAGGGGUAGUUGUUCUUGUUGUAUCAUCAUUGUUCAUAUUAUUCUUGUAAAUUCUUACUGUUAGAAGCAUGAAAUAAGCCUUGAAAAAAAAAUUGAAAAAGAAAAAAAAAGAAAAAAAAAGAAAAAAUAAAAAAACAUGAAAAAAAAGAAGAAGAAAAAAGUGAACAAGGCUAAAUGUCAAUGUAUAUGCUUCUCUCUUUUGUAUAUUUUUCUUGUACAUUAAAUUACUCUUUUUACUACCCCUAACUGUUGAAAAUAACAAGUGUUGUAUAGAUUAUUGCCAAAAGCUCCUACACACUACUUAGUACCUCUUUAAAUUUGUUAAAUUUAUGUCAAGUUCAUUUCUUUUGUUUUCUCAUUAACUCCCUUUGUUCAUAAGCCUUUUCCCACAGACCCUAUAACCCAAUGUGAAAAGUCCUAAUUGAUCUUAAUUGUGUUUUGUCUGAAAUAAGUUGAUAGGAAAAUCUUAUUUUGCAUAAUUUUGCAUGGUUGAACAAACGAAGCUAGAUUCCAUUUUCACAUCACACACUUUGCGUUUGUUAGAGUUAAGAUUUGACCAAAACUUUUCAGAUGAUAUGCAAAAUAUUUUUAUGAUUCUCACUACUCUUAUUUUGUGACAAAUCAAGGGAAUUUGAUUGAUAAGGUGGAUUGAAAGAAAAGUGUGCAUGAUUUGAGGAUUAUACAUAUGGUUUGGCAAUUCAUUUUUGCUUGCUUGUUUGUGUGAAUGUAAAUAUUUUUGCUUGAGGACAAGCAAAAUCUUAAGUGUGGGGGAGUUGAUGCACUCCUAAUUUACCAUAUUUAUGAUCUUGUUUUGUCACACUUUUAAUAUUUUAUUUUUCAUUUUUUAAAUAAAAAAGGAUUGAUUUUUAUCAUCUUGAACAUUUUAAGGUAUUGCACUUGUUUUGGUAUAUUUUUGAAUUUCAGGAUAAUUCGGGAUGUAAAUUGAAAUUUUGAAAAGAAAUAAAAUUACUCCUGAGUGAAGACAGAAAAAUCAGCAAAGUGAAGCGGGUCCUUACUUUAACUCUGAAAUAUUUUAUCAAGAGACCCGAAAUUACUUCAAAAUAAAUUAGAUUGUCCGCAAUAAAAUGUACCGGUUAACUGCCGACCAGUUAACUGAUCAAACAGUUAACCGGCCCAAAUAAUGUAAGUGGCGGAUAAGAGCCAAGACUUUGGCUAGCAAAGACUUUGGCUAGCAAGUACUAUUCACUCUUUGAGUGAUUGGAGACUCCCACGUAAAACUCCCAAGAAGGAAAGAAGCAAGUAAUCCAAAUUGAUUUCAUUGAUUGGUGGGACCUACAAACACUUUCAGUCGGCAACCAGAGAGAGCAAGAUAGCAAGGAAGAAAAAAAAUACACAGUGAACAGGAGAGCUACUAUUUGCAGAAGGAAAUUGAUAGCGGCGAUGAUGGAAGAUUGAAGUAAAAGCUAACCAAAAAAAUUGAUUUCAGCACCUUCAUUUCAGGAUUUUUAUGCUUAAGCCCCUUCUCCUACUACUAUAUAAAGGGCCAUCCAGGAGCUUCAAAACACACCAAUUGGGAGAGAAAUCUUCUUCCUCUUUUCUUUAGCUUUGUUCAUAGUAGUAGUCAUAUAAUAAAAGUGAUUAUGUCAAGAACACUUUCUGUAAAUUUCAGUUCGUAUUUCCAUUUCCAGAAUUUUAGUUCUUUAAUUUCAACAAUCAAGUUUAUUUGGGAAGUAUCAGCCAGAAUCAUUCUCAGCUUAAGGAUUUCACUUUCUCUAUUCCAUCUCAUUAUUUAUGCCAUCAGGUGGUUAUGGACAGGGCCGACCAACAGUGAACAGCGGGUUGACAUGCAUUUUGUUCCGCUGCAAAUGGAUCGAUCCAACACGUGAUGUGCGAAAAAAUUCAAAGUAUAAUAUGAUUGACGUCAACCACUCUCGCGUGUAUACGAAAAAUGAGCCUUUUAUACUUGCUCAACAAGCAACCCAGAUUUAUUAUGCAGAAUACCCUUCAACCAGGCGGACAAAAUUGUACCACAAUUUUGUAUUGUCCGUCCGAGCAAAAUUGUAUCACAAACUCAACCCAAGGACGUUGAUUUAGAUUCUUUUCAGCAACAUUUUUUCCAACCUCCGCCGAUUGUUGAGACGGUCAACCAGCACAUUCAGCUAAGUGAUCCAAAUGGGGGAAGUGUUGAAGUCAUGCCACAAAUGCACCUUCCGGACCUAACAACUCCAUCUGAGCGUGAAAUUGUUGA